ACGCCGAAGGUAAGGUUUCAGCCAUUAUCCUCUUUCCUUCCCGACUUACGGUUUGCGAUCAGAAGCCAGAUGGGGAAUCCAUAAGUCCAGCGCUUGUCGACAAAAUAAAAGCCAUGCUUGGUGAAUUGGGGUAUACUCCCGCUGUCAAUGACCUACCACGGAAGUUCGGGAUCACAAAGUGGAAUUACCUGCGAUGGUACAGGGAGCAAGAGCAAGAGGAGGAGGAAGCCCAAGAGGACCAAGGGCAGCCACAGGAGCAAGGGCAUCCACAGGAUCAAGGACUACCACCGGAGCAAGGACAGCCACAGGAGAAGGAGAAGCCACAAGAGCAGCAAGAGAAAGUUGAAAUAAGGGUUUCCCCUCAACCGGCAGCGCAAUGGUCUUCUGUCAAUUCUCCCAGGCCCUUUCCCGUAGCAUCCAAGUCCCCUUCCGUCGAGGAGGCAAAAACUACGGGUUUUAAGACCGAAGGUCCUCUACGCACUGCUCUUCCAGAAGAAACCGCCAGUGUUUCUCCGGCACCGUCGACCAAGAAACCGAGAAGCACUGCUUUUCGCUUUACACCGGAACAAAGAGCCUAUCUCGAAGAAAAGGUUGCAAGAACUGGGUCGAAUCCAGACGUCUAUAGCAGGAUAGAAAUGGCGAAUGAAUUAGGUGUCGAGGAAAAGACCAUAAGGAAUUGGUUUAUUAACCAUCGUCAAAAGACAAACAGGAGGAGUCUGGAAGACCGCCCACGGGAAGACUUCUCAUAUGCGAACGAGUAUUCCCUCCCAACAACGGCUGGGAAGCGAGCGCAGGGGUCAAUGGAAGGUCAUGAAAUUAUCGAGGUAGCCCCACGAGGCCAAGGAGACCCUCCAGCAUAUGGACAUCAACACAAAAAACCUCGACUGGACGAAGAACUGAGGCCAAACAUGGCAGACCAACCGCCAACAGUCAGUCCUCCCAUGAGCGAACCCAUCAACAUUAUCCGCAAGAUAGCACCUGCACGUGCACCGGAGGAAGUUACCCCGAACCGAGGACCACCAGAAGCCCCUCCACCUCCAGUCCAACAACAACAACAACAACCUCACAUCUGGGUCCAAGACGGCCCACCUCCACCCCUGCGUACUGGUCCCCUUCAUCAGGCCCGAGCUACGCAUGAAUCGCCGUACGGGCCCCCACCACAUCCACGACACAGCAUGCAUCCCGAGCCCUCACCUCCUCACCCCCAUUCGGCGCCAAGACCUCCGCCUCCCACACACAUCCUCGAAAGCCAAAGUUUCCAGCCUGUGAAUAAGCCUCCUGCAGACUACGAACCCGUCACCCCCAUCUCCUGGAACGCCAAACCUUCCGCGAGCGGGAGCUCACAGUCACGAUACAGCAAUGACACCAAACCGAGUUCAACAACGCCUCAGCCAAUCGAGAACGACAGAAUCUGGGCGUCAAGAAGAGUUCCCGAGAUCCAGGCGCAGAUCUUGGUACUGAAUCGCGACAGCAAUUCCCGCGUCGGGAUCAUCAGCAAGCUGGAGCAGGAGCUAGAGGAUGUGAAGCACCGAGCCAACGCGCUGGAGCUUGCGAAGCAGAGUGAGAUUGCAAGAGUGGUGGCGGAGAUGGAGAGGAAUUAUGAGAGGGAGCUUGCGAAGUGUGAGAAGAAGAUGAUGAGUUAUCAAGCGCUUGUUGAUUUGGAUAAUGAUUCAGAGGCAAGUAAUUAAGCGGUUGCUUCAUUCGACUCGAGGUAUAUAGGGGGGGCUCGUUUCAUUGGUUGUAAUCCCAGGGCAUGGAACUUGAAGCACAGAAAUUGUGCCCAGGAGUUCGGGGC